AUGUCAAAGAGUGCUUCCGACCUAGCCUCCACUUCUGCCACAAGUUCAGACUCACCCCAUGAGAUGGGGUCCAAGACUAGCAGAGGCGGUGUGCACCAAGCACGCACCAAGCCGACUCCUUCCCGAGAGCAGCAGGAGGAAAGGGUCAAUUCCACAAAGCAGGCUGAUGAGACAGUCGAGGUAUACUCUGACGGCAACCUUGUUGGUACUGUCUCUCGUCGAGUCCUGGUGCGCUUUUCGAAAGCGGCAAGCGUCGCCUUUCCUAAGCCUGCUGGGAAAGAAACCGGCAAGCAUGCGAACGAAAAGCUCCCAGAUGCUGAUCCAACUUUAUGGUCAACCGCAUAUGUCAAGAAGGCUGCUAAUGAAAAGGACACUACUAAAAUCCGACUCGUCCUGGAAAAUGUGCAGCGCCAGCCAAGCGAGGAAGCGUUGAGACAAGUACUGCGCUGGAUGGUGAUCAACAAGGAUGUUCAUGGCAAUGAAGAGUUUCUCCCAUUCUUUACCGACACUGCUGCUGACUUGCCGCUGUCAGUCUUGCUGGAUCUAUAUGGCGCAACACUUGCUUUCCAUCUUCGUCCUGCUCCUCAUGCGCUUCGCGAGCACCUGAGUAAGGUCAUCCUGCAUACUAAACCGUCUACAAACAACAUCGAAACCGUCCACAAUCGAGUCCCGACCAAUGAGGGCCUGCACAAGUGGAUGAUUACGGCUUACUACAGGUGGUGCGAAGAUGGAGAUCUGAGUGACGACGAGAUCCAGGUCAUCCAAGAUUACGUGUACGAGAAUUCCGAUCUCACCAAUCUCUUCCUCGACGUAGAAGAGACACGCAGGCAGCGCAAGGAAGAGCACAAGGAACGCAAUGCUGCCAAGACGAAGGCCCGUGCCAAGGCUGCGAAGGACUUGCAAGACGGUUGGAAGGCUAUGGCGGCUGGAGGAUCGGUUGAUGAGUCUAGCAAGAGCUCUCCUGUCGUGGCUGCUGGCAAUGGUAAAGGAGUCGAUGACAAGCAUGUGCCCGGGGCUUCAAGCCGUUACCAUGAGGCUUGUGUGGGACGUUACCAUGAGGCUUGCGUGGGACAUUGA